UCUGCUGCUGCUGCUGUCACUGCUGCUGCUGUCACUGCUGCUGCUGGAGUAGAAAAUAAAGAACGUCAAGUUCUCCACCUCCACCUCCACCUCCACCUGUGGAGCCGCAGCUCCGCACCGUCAGAGCCGCUGAGCCCGGCUGUGGUCCGGUGACAGGAGCCGCUGCUGGAUCCAUGGGUUCUUCAUGUUCUGGUUCUGAGCCGAGAUGGAAACGGAACAUCCGCCCCGAAUAAAGACUGCCCUCGACAGGAGCACAGCUGAAGAGCUUCACCUCAGCGUUCUUUCCUGGAGCCACGUGAUGAAAAACGUGACUUGAGACGAAGACGACGACAGGAAACACUUUUCUGAAAAUUUAACCCUUUCUUUUUUAAAUGUUUGUUUCCCAUCUUUACUGAUGCCCCCCCACGACCGCCUCCCACCCCCACCCCCACCUCCACCACUGGGCCCCUCCCAGUCUUUCCCCACGCUUCCUCGUCAAUCGGCCCCGCCCAGGCCCGGCCCCCCCGUCGCCCUCGGCAGCCGUGCGUCCAAUGGCAGCCCGCUGCCCAGUCCCAUCGGUUCCUGUGGUUCCGUCCACGGCGUCUCCUUCCUGCUGCAGAUCGGACUCACCAGGGAACCGGUGAACCUUGACCCCGGGGACCAGACCCUGUCUGCUGUCAGAGAACUGGUCUGCUCCAUCGUGGAUCAGAAGUUUCCUGAGUGUGGACUCUUGGGGCUGUUGGACCAGAUCCUGCUCUUCCGUCAUGACCUGAGCUCAGACAACGUCCUGCAGCGGCUGACGUCGGCGGAGCAGAUCCACGAGGGCGACCUGGUGGAGGUGGUGCUGUCUGCCCAGGCCUCGGCAGAGGACGUCCACAUCCGUCCUCACACUCUCUCCGUCCACUCCUACAAGGCCCCGGCCUUCUGUGACCACUGUGGGGAGAUGCUGUGGGGUCUGGUCAGACAGGGGCUCAAGUGUGAAGGAUGUGGACUGAACUACCACAAACGAUGUGCGUUCAAGAUUCCCAACAACUGCAGUGACGUGAGAAAAAGACGGUUGUCCAAUGUGUCCCUGACGGGCGCUGUCCUGUCCAUCGCUCGUCCUCAGUCCAUGGAACUCAGCCCGGUUUCACAGGAGGAGCGCCCCCUCCUGGGUGCUGUCAAGCGCAAUUCUUUGCUCAGCGGUCGACCCAUCUGGAUGGAGAAGAUGGUCCUGGGGCGAGUUAAAGUCCCUCACACCUUCUCCGUCCACACCUACACCCGUCCCACCAUCUGUCAGCUCUGUAAACGGCUGCUGAAGGGACUGUUCCACCAGGGGGUGCAGUGUAAAGAUUGUAAAUUGAACUGCCAUAAAAGGUGUGCAGCCAGGGCUCCCCGGGACUGCCAGGGGGAGGCGCACUUCAACGGAGAGACUUCCAGUCCCAGUCUGGACUCUGAGGCCACGAUGGAGGCGGACCACGCCGACGUCCACAGUGAUGGAGGUCAGAGCACGGAGGAGCAGGACGAGGCGCCCCCCCCGGACGACAAGCUCUUCUUCACGGGGGGCCCAGGCGUGGACGGCGACAGGGACGAGGAGACGUCCAGAGCCACCAGUGUGUCCAACAUCCCUCUGAUGAGAGUGGUCCAGUCCAUCAGACACACCAAGAGGAAGAACUCCACCGUGGUCAAGGAAGGAUGGAUGGUCCACUACAGCUGCAGGGACGCCCUGAGAAAGAGACACUACUGGAGACUGGACACCAAGACUCUGACUCUGUUUCAGAAUGAAGGUGGAGCCAAGUUCUACAAGGAGAUCCCCCUGUCUGAGGUCCUGCAGGUGGAGCCGCUGCAGGACUCUGGGCUCAGCCCACCCUGCUUCCAGCUGACCACCUCCAACACGGUGUACUACGUGGGCGAGGACGAUGGUGGUCUGCACCAACACCAGGUCCCGGGUCUGGAGGUGAGCCAGAGCUGGGAGAAGGCCAUUAGACGGGCACUGAUGCCCCUCACACCUGAAGCCAGCACCAGCACCGGGGGGGGCCGGAGGAGGGAGCAGAAGGAACUCUGUCUCAGUGUAUCAGUGUCCAACUGCCAGAUACAGGAGAAGGUGGACAUCAGCUCAGUUUACCAGAUCUUUGCUGACGACGUCCUGGGCUCUGGACAGUUUGGCGUCGUUUACGGAGGCAAACACCGGAAGAGCAGCCGAGACGUCGCCAUUAAAAUCAUCGACAAAAUGAGGUUCCCCACCAAACAGGAGAGCCAGCUGAGGAACGAGGUGGCCAUUCUGCAGAACCUCCAUCACCCCGGCAUCGUCAACCUGGAGUCCAUGUUCGAGACACCAGAGCAGGUGUUUGUCGUCAUGGAGAAGCUGCACGGCGACAUGUUGGAGAUGAUUCUGUCCAGUGAGAAGAGUCGACUCCCUGAACGCCUCACUAAGUUCCUGGUGACACAGAUCCUCGUGGCUCUCAGACACCUUCACUUCAAGAACAUCGUCCACUGUGACCUGAAGCCGGAGAACGUUCUCCUGGCCUCGGCAGAACCUUUCCCCCAGGUCAAACUCUGUGACUUUGGCUUCGCCAGAAUCAUCGGAGAGAAGUCUUUCCGUCGCUCCGUCGUGGGAACUCCGGCGUAUCUGGCUCCAGAAGUUCUUCGCAGCAAAGGCUACAACAGAUCUCUGGACAUGUGGUCAGUGGGCGUCGUCGUCUACGUCAGUCUGAGUGGGACCUUCCCCUUCAAUGAGGACGAGGACAUCAACCACCAGAUCCAAAACGCUGCCUUCAUGUAUCCACCCAAUCCCUGGAAGGACGUCUCCAGUCNNGCCGUGGAUCUGAUCAACAACCUGCUGCAGGUGAAGAUGAGGAAGCGCUACAGCGUGGACAAGUCUCUGAGUCAUCCCUGGUUGCAGGACUACCAGACCUGGUUGGACCUGAGAGAGUUCGAGACCCGGCGGGGCCAGCGCUACAUCACCCACGAGAGCGACGACGCCCGCUGGGAGGAGCACGCCGACGAGCGAGGACUGCAAUUCCCCGGACACUUCAUUAUGUCCCCAAAUCUGGACGACAUGGAGGAGGACCCCUAGUGGCUGUGAGAGGAACAGCGAUGGUCCCAGGAUAAUGAACACACUGGUCAUGUGACCUGUUUUUACCUCAUUUAAUACUUUUCUACAAAUGUGAUGAAAAAAACUGUGAAAUUUACAGUCAAAUAAAUCGGGUUUUAGU